AUGUCUGCGCCGAACAUUCCCGGCCCUCCUGGCCCUAUGCUUCUCGGCGACCAUGCUGAGGUUGCGCGGUAUGGCAAAACAGCUCCUCCGGGCACGCAGAAUAUCCCGUUCAACAAUGGCCGUGCCACCGACCCGCCCCUGGUCCAAGUUGACGCCAUUACGAGAAUCCUCGUUUACCCGGGAAGCUUCAACCCGCCACAUAGAGGGCACUUGCAUCUCUUGGAUCACGUCUUCCAAAACGCCGGUUAUAAAGCCGAAUAUCAUGCAGCCAUUAUCCUGCUCAUGGACGACGAACAUUUGACGAGGAAAUUGGAAAGCUUGCCCGAAAACGGUUUGCUCGUCCCCCUGGAGCGACGCACAGCCCUUUGGCAACAGGCUGUGAGCCACAAUGACAAGUACUGGGUCUGGGAUAAUGGAGCAAUGGACAACUUCACUGCUUUCAUCGAUGCCUUGCAGUUGAGGCUUGCCACACACACCACGAUUGAGCUCGUUGGCCUCUUGGGCCCGGACAGCUUUUCACUCACAGAACCAGUCCCCAGCCCCACGACCUGGUACUGCCGGCAUCUGGUUACCAGCAAUGGAUGGCGCGGAGCUGCUUUUGCUGGUGAUGUUAUGCAACGGCUGCCAGGAUGUUCUACGUGGCGUCAUACUCAUACUGACAGGGGGGAAAUUGGAGCGGAAAUUAGCCGCACCAUGCAGGGUCGGGAUCCUGAAUACAUUCACCGCGAAGUCGAAAGGGUAGUUUGGAAUAGCCAAAAAUCAGUUUGGUGCCUCAUGGAAGAGGAAAUUCCGGGAACCAUCCUUCUUUACAAUGCAUACGAUCAAGUACAGGGACAAGAGAAUAUGAGCAGCACAGACAUUCGCCGGGCCAUGGCUCCAUUGAUGGAGAGACCAGGAACUGUUUUGCAGAUGGCGAACACCUUACACGCUGCUGGUGCUCUUAGCCCCAACACCCUGGCCGAGUGUAUCCGGGAUGGGGUUAUUCGAGAGAUCGCCUCGACUGUGGAACCGGCAAGCAGCAGCGCCUAA